AUGGAGGUGUCGGCUCACAGCCUCUUCCUGCUGCAGCAGCUCAACGUCCAGCGAGAGUUCGGCUUCCUGUGCGACUGCACCGUCGCCAUCGGCAACGUCUACUUCAAGGCCCACCGAGCCGUCCUGGCCGCUUUCUCCAACUACUUCAAGAUGAUCUUCAUCCACCAGUCCAGUGAGUGUAUAAAGAUUCAGCCCACUGACAUCCAGCCGGACGUCUUCAGCUAUCUGCUCCACAUCAUGUACACCGGUUUGUGUCCGAAGCAGCCGGUGGAUCAGACUCGUCUUCAGGAGGGAAUAAAGUUCCUUCACGCGUACCAGCUGUGCCGAAAACCAGGCGAGGGCGCCGCCGACGCCGCCACCGACGUGGUCCGCAUGUCCAACCUGUACGGCAUCCAGAUCUCCUCCCAGCUGGCCAACAAGGACGCUGCCGCCGCCAAAACCAGCGCAGCGUCGCUGGAGGACGGGCGCAGGGGGGGCCGCUCGCUGGCCGUGGGGCUGGACCCGUCUGCCUCGCUACGCAACGUCUGCUCCGUGGCGUCCGGAGACGACUCGGACAUCUCGAAUCGCAUCAAGCAGGAGCACGUGGAGGACGAGGAGGACGGGGAGGAGGGGGGGGGCGAGGGGGCGGGGGGGUCGCCGUCGCAGGACAGCAGCCCCAGUCUGCUGUUUAAGGAGCGAGCGCCGGUCCUGCUGUGUCCUCGCUGCGGCGAACGCUGCUCCUCCCCCGAGGGUCUACGGGAGCACCUGUUCAGCCACGCCCUCGACCCCGCCCGCCUCAUGGGGGGGGGGCUGGAUGGCGGCGGGGAGGAGGGGGGGCCGGCGGGGGGGCAGGAGCAGCUGGACGCAGGCUGUCUGGAGGAGGCGCUGCGGCAGAGCCAGGCGCUCGCCAACCAGCUGGCCGCAGAGCUGCGGAGGAGCCGGGGGGGCGGGGGUGGCGGAGGGGGUGGAGGGGGGGGGAGCAGCCCCGCCCCCCCCACCCUGACCUCACGGAAACGUAAGAUCGCUUGCGCCGUCUGCAGCCUGCGCUUCUCCCACAAGAGCCAGCUGCAGGAGCACAUGUACACUCACACCGGCAAACCGUCCCGCUACCACCGCUACAACCGGCUCUGCAGUCAGCUGUUCCAAGGCUCCGCCCACUGCUGCGACGUUGCCGCGGAGACCGGUGGAGGGGGCGGGGCCUCGGCGGGCGGCGCCGCACUGCCGGAUGACGCCAACAGAGACACGCAGGACAACGGCAGCUCCUGCUACUCACUGGACUCUGAGAUCUCACAGGAGAGCGUAGACGGCGUCACGGUGGAGUGA